CCGAUUUUGUCGCCGCAAAAAGACCAUCGCCUGCGCUAUGGGCGGCGGCAAGGGCCCGCCACGCGACUGGGAGGAGCCGCGGCGCAAGGGCAAAGGUUCGGGCGGCUGGAAAGGCGAAGGCAAAUGGUGGCCAGAUGAAGACAAGGGCCGCGGCAAAGAUGGCAAGUCGAAGGGCGCCAAAGGCCGCGAGACUUCAAAGGGCGACUGGCAGCAGUGGGUGCCCAAGGACCGUGCCCAGGAGAAGUGGAAAGGCGGCAAGGACCGUUCCGAGGAGGAACAUGCCAUUCGAAGUCAGCUGAGCAGCAAUGCUCCAGAUUUCCAGCCCAGUGGCCUCUAUGACUUUCAGAGUUACGGGGUACCGCCGCCGCCACCACCGCCGUGGCAUUUCGAGAUGCCGCCGCUGUGGCAGGAGUUUGCGGAUGCUGAGGGCACCAAGUAUUAUUACAACGCCAAGACGGGCCUCACCCAGUGGGAUCGUCCCGCAGAGCUGGAGCCGCCCACGCGGCCCGAGCCGCCCGCGCCACGUGCCGAGCGCAGGCGGGAGGAGAAGCGCGAGGUGAAGGAAGGCGACAAAGGACCGAUUGAGUCGGAUGGCUUUGGAUGGGUUUGGGUAACUAACCCCUGGGAUAUGAUGAAAACGCCCCGGAUCCAAACGAAGGCUUUCAUGGGACAUACUGCAAUUCAUGUGAUUUCAUCCCAUGCAUGCUUGACCUGCACAGGUGAACUCAUGUCCGUGCUGCUGCUGUGUCGGUCCGAAGGGGCCCCUUGCGUCGUAUGGCUGCGCACCAAUGUGGAAAAGUGCCAUCGUGUUGGCAAUCGUAGUGCAUGCUGGCUUGUCGGCAUAACCAUUGUGAGAAGAACAUCAUUUUAUUCAUCUUGUGCCUCUUUUCGAACUGGCCCUAGCAACUGA